AUGUCGGCCAACAUCUCAGUGAUUGCUCAGAAAGAUGACUCGUCCUACCCGUAUUCCAAUACUAUUACAGAAUAUCUCACGGAUGCAAGGGUAGAGCCGAGGGAUUAUGACACAAAGGCGAAGUCGGAGAAGCCUUUUACUUGGUAUUCACUGAUGGAUGUGAACAAUCCGAAGAAGAAAGUUCAGUCUCCUAUCACUACGGGCCAGUCUGAUGAGCCAACUAUGGUAGCUGCUGAGGCAGUUGAUGUUCCAUCCACUUCGGCCGAACCUUCCUCCUGUGCUGCAGCUAUGCCUCUGCCAUCAUCCACAACCCCUACUGCAGUUCCUGCCACAACUCCCACCUCGACUUUGAGGCAAGUGUCUAUGCCUACUGUCCCGCUUUUUGUGUUGCGAGUCUCCCAAACAUUGGCGAGCCUUAACAACUGGAUACAGACAGCCACUGCAAAGUUGUCUGACUUAUCUAGUACUGUUGCAGUGCAGUCUUCUAUUCAGGCACCUCAGUUUCCCCCAACAGUUGAAGAGAUAUUGAAGAAGUUCCUAGAGAACCAGAACACUGUUAUGGCUACCUUCGUACAACACGGGCUUGCUACAGCCGGAGAUCUCCCCUUUGACAUGCUGCUUGACCCAGGCAAUUCUGUCCCAGAUCCUACAUCACUAUCUGCACCGAUGGCACCAGUUGGCAAGUGUGAAGAGCCAAACCUUGUUGCCGACACUACUGAGGCAGUGCAUCAGAUGUUCGCCAAUCCAUCCAUACCCAGAGUUGAAGAUGAUGAGAUUCAGUUGGCUAAGCCUAAGGGCGAUGAUAUUGCUAGGGACACAGAGAUAUUCUACACAAAACAAAAGAAUACAAGGAAAUCGAAACAGCGCUCAUUGAAAGGGACGCCCGAAUUCAGUCCAUCGUUCACUCUCACUAGCAGAAGCAUUGCUCCCUACUCGCCGGAGUGCUUUUUCCUUUGCAAAGCAACAACUUCACUCAUAGUUGGGAUGGAAGGCAAGAAGUGGAAAAAGAAAGGGAAAAAUUUCAGUCAAUCAAAUACAAAGAAACUUAUGAUGAAGAAAAAGAAGAAGGUCGCUGCAAAGGUGAAGCCAAGUAUUGUGAUAAAUCAAGCUUUUCUUCCUAUUAAUAACUCAGCAGGAGUCUCUGCUCCUGCUGUUUAUCCAGCCCCUGCUUCUAGUCUUGGUAGAGUUGCCUCACAAGAUAAAGAGAAAGACGGGGAAACUUUCGAGGACCUUUCUGGUUUUAUAUUUUUGUGCAGUGGAGAUACAAAACUCGAUUGUUUCAGAUUUCGAGUUUUUGGGCUUCGUUCAAAUAAAAAGGAAAUUGUAGAAAAGAUUAAACACGGAACAAAGCUCUUCCUGUUUGAUGUUGAGUUGAAGCUCUUAUAUGGUGUGUAUGAGGCAACAUCUACUGGAAGAACAGACUUGGAACCACGUGCUUUUGGAGGCAAAUUUCCAGCACAGGUGAAAUUCCAACUCUUUAAGGAAUGUCUUCCGCUGCAAGAAUCUUUUUUCAGACAUGCUAUAAAGGACAAUUAUCAUGGCAGAAAGUUUGAACCCGAACUAAAUGGUCGUCAAGUGAGGAAUCUAUUAUCCUUAUUUCGUCCCUUGCCUGCAUCUGCAACCGCAGCAGCUGUGCCCCAUCCACGGGCUGGCGUGCCAAAGAUUAUACCCGUCUUGGCUAUGGAAGAUCAGGCUAAGUUGUUGCCGUAUCCUCAUGAAGUGGGUCCAUCAAUGGGCAAUGUUUGCCCACCAAAUACUAAUACUGCUUUUGCUAAGGAACAUCAGGAUGAAUCUGAGCAACCGCCUUUGUCUACUGCUUAUAUAGAUGAGCAAAAUACUGGUGAUGAUGUAGAAACCGAUUCAUCUGAGGACACCCAGGAUGAGUCUGACCAACUGGAUCUCCUUUCUGGUUUCAUAUUUUUGUGCGGUGGAAAUACAAAACUUGAUUGUUAUAGAUUCCGUGUUUUUGGGCUUCGAUCAAACAAAAAGGAAACGGUAGAAAAGAUUAAGCCAGGAACAAAGCUCUUCCUCUUUGAUUUCGAGUUGAAGCUUCUAUAUGGCGUGUAUGAGGCAACAUCCACUGGAAAAAUAGACUUGGAACCACUUGCUUUUGGAGGCAAAUUUCCAGCACAGGUGAAAUUUCAAAUUUUUAAGGAAUGUCUUCCCCUGCCAGAAGCUUCUUUCAGAUAUGCUAUCAAGGACAAUUAUCUUGGCAGAAAGUUUGAACCUGAACUAAAUGGUCGUCAAGUGAGGACUCUAUUAUCCUUAUUUCGUCCACUGACUGGAUCAGCAACAGCAGCAACUGUGCCCCAUCCAUUGGCAAAAGUGGACCAGUCUUUGGCUAAUGUUGGCAUGCCCAAGAUUAUGCCCACAUUGGCUGUGGAAGAUCAGGUUAAGGUGCUAUCCUAUCCCCAGGCAAAAGUGGGUUCAUCAAUGGCCAAUGUCCCACCUCCAAAUAGAAUUUCUACUUGGAAUAUGGAACAUCAGGUUAGGUACCCCCCGAUGUCCGUUUCUGCAGAUGAUCCAUAUAUGACCAGAUUGCAGCACAGUCAUCCUCCACCUGUUAUGGAGUCUCAACCAGUCUAUGAACUCCAAAGUGCUCAGCAUGGAUGGCUUAGAACCACGGAUUUCGUGGAUAAUAUGCAGCAUCAGAAAUUGACUGCUCACAGUCAUGCAUAUUCUCAUCAACCAUAUGUCACCGAUAUAUGGGACCCACAUAUCAGGUAUAGAUCAAUGCAAGACGUGGUCCCUUCGCAGCAGCAUCUCAUGGGGCUAAAUGACAGGAAUUACCAAUGGUACUUGCGGGUAGAGCGAGAAAUGCUGCCACCUCAAGAGAGUACUGUUAUACACAACUACUACUCUGGCCCUUCAGCUCCUUAUGUUCCUCAAGUUUUUCAACAAAAUGUUUCAGAAGCUGUAAUACAACAGACUUCUUGCAUCGCAUUCCAAUAUUCAUUUGCAAGGCAAUUCGGGUAAACUUUUGAUGAUUGGGUUGUUAACAUAAUUUAACAUAAUGGUAGGAAUGUAAAAGACUUCUUCAAUAGGAAAGGAAGGGGAAUUUGACCUGUAACAUUUUAAUUUGUCCGUCUUAUUUUGCUUGGUUUAUUCCUUUUGACUGAAAUAUUAGAACUACACUUGCAAAGAAAGACUAUUGGUUAUGCGA